ACACAGGUGGAAUGUGUUUUCCUCUGUCCUUUAACUCCGACCCGGUUCCUUGAGGCUCAGGUGAUGACGGGAGGCCGUUUCCUCGCUCUGUCGGCGGGCAUGGCUGUUGAUUCUCGGCGGGCUGGCGGAGAACUCAGAAAUGUCGACUUGAUUGAAGAUGGAAGAGAAAUCUUUAAUCUCUUCACUUCUGCAGGCAAACGGAUGAAGAUGUGGAUUGCUCAGCGGUCUCCUUCGGAUCCGUUAGAGUGUUCGGUUGAACAGAGUAAUCUCAACUCGUCCAGCGAGUUGGAGAUUGUAUGGCCACAGUUUCAAGUUGGACGUUACUUCCUUGUGCCACGAGGUUGCACCUGAGAGCAGCGAUGAGCUGCGUCUACACACUGCAAACAAAGUUGCUGGAAGCAAAUCCCGGAAGCAUUUCAGAGGUAUUUCAACUCCUGAUGAUGUCAUGGUUUGAGGUGCGUUCUGUUGUGUGCCUCAUCCAAUAGGAGUUGAGAGUUCGAUCCUUUAGUGAGCAAGGCUUCAUGGGAUUUGUAGUCUGUUUUGGACUCCUUUUGUUUGAUUUUGCCGUGAUUUUUAUCAGUAUAAUUUCCGACUUGGAAUGAGGGGGCUUGAGUUAGGUUUUUACGACCUUGUUAGGCCUGCCUUUGUCUUCUAUCUGAAUACAUGAGGCCCAACAAGGCCCAAUAAUGGCACUACAACGUGGGCUGCCAUUUUUAUUGUUUUGGGUUGAAUGGAUCACAUGACUGCAUCACAUGACAACAAUAAUGUCAUCGUAUCCCAUCCACACUACAGAACACUGUCUCAGUGUAGACGGAAGGCCAAAACAUAGAGAAAAAGAUGCGUUUUCAAGCGAAAACGUAUGCGUGUGGACGUGGCCUAAUACUAUAGUUCUGCAUUGGCAUUAAACCCAAAGCUAAAUAGGCCUUGAAUAUUUCAAUUUAUCAAAUGAUGGAUUAAACAGAUUGAUUGAAAGUUGGUGUGUGGUGGAUGUUCUGGUGCACCAUGGCUGCCAUCGCAUCAUCCAGGUGGAUGCUGUACACUGUUGGUGAUUGAGCAGAUUCCCCCAAUACUGUGUAAAGCACUUUGCGUGUCUAGAAAAGCGCUAUAUAAAUGUAAAUGGUAAUUAAUUUAUAAUGAAAGAUUAAAAAUGGAUGAAUUCACUAUGGAUGGUAAUUUUUUUUACCCUGGUCUCACAUCAUUUGAGUGUGCAACAAGAGUCCCCCCAAAUGUACUUUAGUUUCUCUCCUUUUUUCUCCUCCAUGUUGUUGAGGCCAUGUUAAUAUAGGCCAUGCCACAGUACAGAGUGUGUCUACUUUCACUGCAUCGCUGCUCAGACUCCUUUCCCUACCAGUCUUUACUUCAACGUGUCUUGGUGCUGUUAAUAUCCUGGUGCCACCCUGUAAUCUCUGCACAUGAUGGAGAAUAAAAGACUUAAUUCUGUGCCAAGACGCAUUGUUGGAACUUCUGUACUGAGAGGUGACUGUGGUGGUCUAGUAUAAAAUAUGAUGAAUUGAGGUGGUUAAGCCUUUUAUUCAGUUUUGUUAUCAGGUGAUGUGCAGAAAAAGAUGCAUAAGAGAAGUUGGGAUGUCAGUGUGUAUUAUAGUGAUUUACCACAGGUGUUGUGCCUUAAGAACUUGUAAAACUGCUAACACACAGACUCAAAUAUCUUUUUGCUUAAAUAAAACUGCGACAACAGCAAUUUGAUAAAGGCAUUAUUGUUCAAAUAAAGUUACAUUUAUUAUUAAUAAUACAAAGGCAAGUAAUAAGAUUCAUUUUCCUAAUGGUAGGCUGUUUGCAGUUGCUAAACAACAUAGCAACUUGCCACAUAAUCAUUGAUUGUGGGGUCAUGUCAGGAUUUCCGUUAGCCGGUAAUGCAAUUUUUUGACCGUUAAAAUAUCCCAAUGUCCGACAAAAUAAAAAAUGGUCAGACAAAAUGUCAGUUGACAAUAUUAACACGAAGCGUCAGCAACCCCUUUAGUUAAUGCCGCGACUGUCAAGCGUGACGCCAUCCCGAUGAUGAAAGCACUUUGCUGCCACGGAGCUUUAGGCCCUGUACACACAUGCAGCAACUUCCAGCGACAAUUAAUUUUCAAUGAGAGCUGCCGACUUCCGGCGACACGGGCAACAGCGACCUCUGGUGACUAGAUGUGACCGUGGCGAGCGACACAACACAGGUUGAGAAAAGUGUAACUUUAUGCAAACGAGAAGCGACAUUUGGGAGCGACAACCAAUAGGAGUGAAGAGGGUGUCAGUGGAGCUCAUGUCAUCCAUCUCCUUUGAGAUAAGAGUUGAGUGUGGAGGAGAUGAGAGGAGAGUGGACAGCAGGACAAUCUAUGUAGGACAUCGGCAAUGUCCGGACACUGAGGCCUUCAUUCCCUCCAAAUUCUGUGACAACAGGAUUGUGUCCUCCAAGUAUACAGUGUGGAACUUCCUGCCAAAGAACUUAUUUGAGCAGUUUAGAAGAAUAGCGAAUUUUUACUUCCUCAUCAUAUUCUUGGUGCAGGUGAUUGUUGAUACCCCGACCAGCCCCGUGACCAGUGGCUUACCUCUGUUUUUUGUCAUCACAGUGACAGCCAUCAAACAGGGUUAUGAGGACUGGCUGCGGCAUAAAGCAGACUACGAGGUGAAUAAGUACCAAGUGACUGUGUUGGAGGAUGGCCGGUCAGUGAAGAAGGAGAGUGAGAAAAUCAAGGUUGGUGAUGUAGUUGAAGUGGUGGAGGAUGAGACCUUUCCCUGUGACCUGAUACUGUUGCAGUCCACUCGUGAGGAUGAAACUUGUUUUGUCACCACAGCCAGCCUGGAUGGAGAAUCUAACCAUAAAACACACUACACUGUGCCAGACACAGAGAAGGACCUGCAGGAUCUCAGUGCCACCAUCGAGUGUGAACAGCCCCAGCCUGACCUCUACAAGUUUGUUGGUCGGAUGCACAUUUACAAGCUGGAACAGGAGCCCGCAGUAAGAUCGUUGGGCCCUGAGAACCUUCUCCUAAAAGGUGCUACGUUGAAAAACACCAAGAAGAUUUAUGGCGUGGCAGUAUACACAGGCAUGGAGACAAAAAUGGCACUCAACUACCAGGGCAAAUCACAGAAACGCUCAGCUGUGGAAAAGUCCAUUAAUUGCUUCCUACUGGUGUAUCUAAGUAUCCUUAUCAGUAAAGCAGUGGUGUGUACUACUCUCAAGUAUGUAUGGCAGAGCAAAGAAGGUCAGGACGAGCCCUGGUACAACCAGAAAACCCAGAAGGAGAAAGACACUUAUUUGUACUUGAAGAUGUUUACAGACUUCCUUUCCUUCAUGGUCCUCUUCAAUUUUAUAAUCCCCGUGUCCAUGUAUGUUACUGUGGAGAUGCAGAAAUUCCUGGGCUCUUUCUUUAUCACAUGGGAUAAGGACUUCUUUGACUCUGAGAUCCAAGAGGGCGCACUUGUCAACACGUCAGACCUCAAUGAGGAACUUGGCCAGGUGGAAUAUGUAUUUACAGACAAGACAGGAACACUGACCCAGAAUAACAUGGAGUUCAUCGAGUGCUGUAUAGACGGCUUCCAGUACAAACACAGAGACACGCAGAGUGAACUGGACGGCUUCACUGUGACAGACGGGCCUGUGAAUAAAGUACAGCAGAAAGCUGGACAGGAGAAAGAGGAGUUGUUCCUGCGGGCUCUGUGUCUGUGCCACACUGUGCAGGUGAAGGAGGCAGGGCCAGAGGAGUCACUUGGGGACCAAGUGGAUGGCAUCGAUGGGAUGCUGCCUCAACCAGAAGAGGAAAGAGGAUUCAUAGCUUCUUCUCCUGAUGAGGUUGCACUGGUCAAAGGAGCUAUGACAUAUGGCUUCACCUUCCUUGGUUUGGAGAGUAAGAGCAUGAAGAUAAGGAACAGGCAAAAUGAUAUAGAAGAGUAUGAGUUGCUUCAUGUCCUCAACUUUGACCCUGUUCGCCGGAGAAUGAGUGUUAUUGUCCAAACCAAAUCAGGGGAGAGACUGCUUUUCUGUAAGGGAGCAGAUUCCUCCAUCUUCCCCAGAGUCAAACCAGAGGAGGUUGACCGAAUACGAUUGCACGUUGAGCGAAAUGCAAUGGAGGGUUACCGUACACUAUGUGUGGCCUAUAAACAGCUGAGUGCUGAUGAAUACGCUGUGGCAGACACUGGGCUGAGGGAGGCUAGACUGGCUCUACAGGACCGGGAGGAGAAACUCAUGGCCAUGUAUAACCAGGUGGAGAUGGGCAUGAGUCUGAUUGGAGCUACUGCAGUGGAGGACCGACUGCAGGAAGAGGCAGCCGAGACCAUGGAUGCCUUGCAGGGCGCAGGGAUGAAGGUCUGGGUGCUGACUGGGGACAAAAUGGAGACGGCGAAGUCCACCUGCUAUGCCUGUCGCCUGUUCCAGCGUGGUACAGAGCUACUAGAGCUCACUGUACGGACCUUGGAGGGUAGGCAGACAAAGCGUGAGGAGAAACUUCUUGAGUUACUUCGGGACUACCAUAAAAGAGCAGUACAGGAUGCCCUGCCUGUCAAAGCAGGGGUCACCAGGAGUUGGUGUACUGCAAAUCAGGAGUAUGGCUUUAUAAUAGAUGGUGCUACACUGUCGUUAGUGAUGAACCCACCUCGUGAUGCAGAUGCAAGUCUCUACAGGAACCUCUUUCUGCAGACCUGCCAGAAUUGCACUGCCGUGCUCUGCUGCCGCAUGGCUCCCCUGCAGAAAGCACAGAUCGUGAGGAUGGUGAAGAACUCUAAAGGCUCCCCAAUUACUCUUUCCAUUGGUGAUGGGGCCAAUGACGUCAGUAUGAUCCUUGAGGCGCACGUCGGCAUUGGUAUUAAAGGUAAGGAGGGCCGUCAAGCUGUGAGGAACAGCGACUACGCCAUCCCUAAGCUCAAGCACUUAAAGAAGCUCUUACUAGCUCAUGGGCAUCUUUACUAUGUGCGGAUUGCUCAUCUUGUUCAAUACUUUUUUUACAAGAAUCUUUGCUUCAUUUUACCUCAAUUCCUGUACCAGUUUUUCUGUGGAUACUCUCAGCAGCCCCUGUAUGACGCAGCCUAUCUGACGAUGUACAACAUCUGCUUCACCUCCAUGCCCAUUCUGGCCUACAGCCUACUGGAACAGCACAUAUCCAUUGAGAUUCUGCUGGACAAUGCCCCCCUCUACAGAGAAAUAGCAAAGAAUGCCAUGUUACGCUGGCGUCCCUUCCUCUACUGGACAGUAUUAGGAAUUUUUCAGGGUCUUCUGUUCUUCUUUGGUGUCCGUUUCCUGUUCAGUAAUCCAGCUCUGCAGGAUAACGGGCAGGUCUUUGGAAAUUGGUCUUAUGGAACAAUUGUCUUUACAAUCCUUGUUUUCACUGUCACUUUAAAGUUGGCUCUGGACACACGGCACUGGACGUGGAUCAACCAUUUUGUGAUCUGGGGCUCAUUAGCUUUCUAUGUCUUCUUCAGUUUCUUCUGGGGUGGCAUCAUAUGGCCGUUUUUGAAGCAGCAGCGGUUGUACUUUGUGUUUGCUAACAUGCUGAGCUCAGUAUCUGUCUGGCUGGUUAUCAUCAUCCUCAUAAUCCUCAGUCUGCUGCCUGAAAUCCUUCUGGUGGUCCUCUGUAAACCUAGAGGCCCCCAUGCACGACAGAAAAAGCCGGGUCAGUCAAGUGUGGGGGAUGGCCAGUCCUCUCAGUCUUCAGCCAGACCCCUGCUCAUGAGAACCUUUUCAGACGAGUCCAAUUCUAUCAUAUGAACAGCUGUCAGUGGAUUCCUCAACUCACACAGUCAGAUGGCCGCUGUCACACCCCUAUCCUACAAACAUCUGAUGGAGCGCUACUGAUGGGCAUGAACAGCCAUGGGUUAAGACUACUGAAGGGGCCCUAACAUCCACCUGGGUAACUUCCCUUCCACCUGCCUGCCAAAAAAUGAACAUGACAAUGGAACCAACUUAAACUGCUCAGACCAGACCUUGUCCAGCACUCUGGCUUUCCUUCCUGCGUCUUUUUUUCACCCCUCACCCUAAGCAUGAUUUCACCAGAAUAUGUCAUCUGCCCUUACAACACGUUUUCUAUCCUGGUUUUGAUUGACCUCUUACAGUAGUGAAGGGUUUUACCCUGCCCUACUGCCAUACUUCAUAAUUAUUUCUAUUUGGAUAAAUAUAUUGCGGGCUAAUUUGUAAGUAGCGCUCAACAGCUACAGGAUGUACCAAAAUCCACGCUCUACCUGGUUCUCCUUAUUGGUUCUCUUGCAUGAACGAAAAUCCCAUUAAUUCCACUUUCCACUAUAAACGUGCUCUCGGGUUUCUUUUAGAUUGACCACAAUCCCAAGUCCAAAUUGUAGUUUAGAGAUUUGUGAUGUGUAGCUAUUUGAGAUCCCUAAAUGUGAGCUCUGUAUAAGAUGCUGCACUGAGGGCCUUGACCCUAUGGGUAUAAAAGCUGCCUUUUAACAACUUGCUGCGUGUAGAAUCGUAUGGCAUUAUGGAAUAUACAUGGUGUCAUUUUCUAACAACUCUUUGUGCUUGUGUGUGUGCAUGGAUAGUGUGAAAGAGCGACACAUAGAAAAUCAGUUUGUACUGUCAAAGUCUCUCAUUGGUACUCUCUGUGGAAAUUUAUGAUAUGUAUUAUUGAAAAAAGAGGAUACAUUUAGCUUGAAGCCAAAAACAAUUCCAUUAAUGCAGACUAGCUACUCAAGUUGUUUUUUCCCCCCUUAAAAUAAAUUAAAGACCUGUGCUGUGUGUGUGUUGUCUGAAUAUGUGCCCUAGACACAGCAAGAUUGAUCCUCAAUGCAAAUGUAAUUGCAUAUUGCUGAGUGAGUCAGAGUUAAGUGUCUGUUCACUAUUGAGACAGAAAUUAGCCAUUCUCCACUCUCCUUAGUGGCAUUUAUAUUGAAUGUGUCAGCUUUGUGUAUCAGGCCAGUGCUUAAUGCUCAAGUCACAUACCAAACAUGCUGUCGCACCCACACAUGCGCACACUUCACUUUUACGAGGUAAUUUAUUCACUUAUUUAAGGAGUGGAGCUUAGGUUGGUGAAAUAUGGAUUAUCUGGGUUUGAUGCAUAUUGAAACUCAAGUCAUGUUUGCCCCCUUUGCUUCUAAAGUGGUUACUAGGGGGCAUAAUGUUUUUAUUCUGCUUUCUUUGUGCUUCUAAAUACAUUCCAUUUCUAUGUGCCAUGGUUUCAAUCACUUUUUAGAUUAUUAUUGAGUUAUUUUGACUUGACUAUGUGAUUCUAUUUGACAUAUUUAUUGUACCUUGUAAUUAUACUCAUAAAUGUUAUAUUUUGUCGAGAUAUUUCUUUCUCUUCUUGAAUUGUUAUACAUUGUCAGCUUGUGCCAAUUGAUUUUUGCUUGUGCAAUCUGAUGUUGAACAGAUUGGGCUUCUAUGUUCCAUAAGCCUGAGCAGAUCCUGUAGACCAGCAGCUCUGGGCUCUAUUUCUCUGAUCAGAGAUCAGUCAGAAAGUUCAGAUCCUCCACUAAUACUGGUCUAGUCCAAGAUCAGCGCCUCACAUAUGCGGUAUGAAUGCAGCUGAUCUCGAUUGUCCCUUUAAUAUGAAUGAUUUAUGAAUGAUUUUGGUUCUUUUCUCUGCUUGUAGCCCAAAAUUGGUGUCUGGCAUGUUCUGUAAUUAAUUGGGCAAAUUAAUGACGUUUGUCUUUUAAAACAAUGCCAAUUUGAAAGGUGCUCCAUUCCAGCUUUAACUAUUUUAAGUGUGUGUGAAUGUGUGUGUGAUUAUCCAAGGUUAAGUGGUGUGUGUUAGACCUCUGACUGUGUCAUGAUGCUAAGCAUUUUAGCUCCCGCUCGGGCUUGUGGCUUAUUCCAGCUGCAUCACAGCCCUGUGUAACCAUCAGUUCUACCAUUAAUCUCUGAUUUCACCAUGAAGCAGCUUUGUAGAUGAUGUAUAUCGGAGCUCUAUUUUACUUUCUUUUUUUUUUUCUUUUUUUUCUU